GGAUGAUUUAUGUUUGAUGUCACACAAAAUCGAAGACUUACAAGCGAAAACCGACAAACUGGUCGAAGAAGCAGCCACAGAAGACAGGACUCCAGGUGAACAUAGACAAGACGGAGGUUAUGAAAAUAACCAACCAACAACAAAAGCAACAACAUCCAACGUCAAUCACCAUCAACGGGAGGGAUUUGAAAGAGGUUACUUCAUUCACUUAUCUAGGGAGCAUUGUCUCAACUACAGGAGUCGGAACGGACGAGGAUGUCAAAUCGAGCGAGAAUCGGGAAGGCGAGAAACACAUUCAUCAACCUGAAAUCAAUCUGGAAAUCUUCGUCACUCAGCCAGCAUCAACAACAAAAUUCGGUCGGAUUUUCAAUACAAACGUCAAGUCAGUCAGUUCUUCUAUACGGAUCAGAAACUUGGCGGGCGGGUCACAAAGAAUAUUUCCAAAAGGUUGCAGACCUUUAUUAACAACUGUCUUCGCUCAAUACUGAAGAUCAGAUGGCCGGAAAGAAUCACCAACAAGGAAUUAUGGGAACAAACAAAGCAAGAACCAAUCGCCCAACAAAUAUGCAGGAGAAAGUGGAGAUGGAUCGGACACU